GCGGCCAGUGUCGCGCGCGACGGCAAGAGCGCCGUCAGUGCGAGCUAUGCCGUGCGGCAGUGCGGUAGGAGGUCGGUGUAGUAGUGCGGUUCAGUCGACUCGCGCGUCGUAGCCAGUGUGGCCGCCCGGGAGCACGACCGCCGCGCAGCUAUGAUGACCGACGAGGGCCACCUGUUCCUGACGGAGCUGCCGCCGCAGCUGGUGGUGCACCGAAGCGCGAGGCACCACCUGCAGUUCCACCCGUACUCGGCGGCCGCCUUCCUGCACCAGCCGCACCUCGAGAGCGUGCCGUCCGCCGCGCACCACGCGCUGUCGGCCGAGGUGUCGGCGCACCUGGGCAAGCACUCCAAGGCGGCGCCGCCGUCGUCGUCGUCUUCGUCGUCGCACCACGGCCACCACCACCACCACCACCAUCACCACCACCACCAGCAGUCGCAGCAGCAGCAGCACGCGCAGCAGGAGGUGGCGGGCGCGCCGGACGGCAGCCAGACGCACGUGUCGUGCCUGUACCCCGAGAUCCUGGCGCUGAUCUUCGGCUACCUGGACGUGCGCGACAAGGGCCGCGCGGCGCAGGUGUGCACGUCGUGGCGCGACGCGGCCUACCACAAGUCGGUGUGGCGCGGCGUCGAGGCGAAGCUGCACCUGCGGCGCGCCAACCCGUCGCUGUUCGCCAGCCUGGUGCGCCGCGGCAUCCGGCGCGUGCAGGUGCUGUCGCUGCGGCGCAGCCUGCGCGACGUCGUGCAGGGCGUACCCAACAUCGAGUCGCUCAACCUGUCCGGCUGCUACAACGUCACCGACAUCGGCCUGUCGCACGCGUUCGUGGCCGAGGUGCCGUCGCUGACGCACCUCGACCUCUCGCUGUGCAAGCAGGUGACGGACACCAGCCUGGGCCGCAUCGCGCAGUACCUCAAGAACCUCGAGUCGCUGGAGCUGGGCGGCUGCUGCAACGUCACCAACACCGGCCUGCUGCUGAUCGCGUGGGGCCUCCGCCGCCUGCGCAGGUUGAACCUGCGCUCGUGCUGGCACAUCUCCGACCAGGGCAUCUCCUACCUCGCCGGCCUCAACCGCGACAACGCCGACGGCAACCUCGCCCUCGAGUACCUCGGACUGCAGGACUGCCAGCGGCUGUCGGACGAGGCGCUCAAGCACGUGUCGACGGGCCUGACGACGCUCAAGAGCAUCAACCUGAGCUUCUGCAUCUCCAUCACCGACAGCGGGCUCAAGCACCUGGCCAAGAUGGCGUCGCUGCGCGAGCUCAACCUGCGCGCGUGUGACAACAUCUCGGACGUGGGCAUGGCGUACCUGGCGGAGGGCGGGUCGCGCGUCUCGCACCUCGACGUCAGCUUCUGCGACAAGAUCGGCGACCAGGCGCUGGCGCACGUGUCGCAGGGGCUGUUCCACCUGCGCUCGCUCUCGCUGUCCGCGUGCCAGAUCUCGGACGAGGGCGUGUGCCGCGUCGCCGAGACGCUGCACGACCUCGAGACGCUCAACAUCGGCCAGUGCAACCGCAUCACCGACAAGGGGCUCACCACCAUCGCCGAGUCGCUGCGCCACCUGCGCUGCAUCGACCUGUACGGCUGCACGCGCAUCACGACGCAGGGCCUGGAGCGCAUCAUGCGGCUGCCGCAGCUGAGCACGCUCAACCUGGGCCUGUGGCACGUCAGGUGAGCCGCCGGUGCCGUUCACUGAGUCGACGCCCGCUCUCCUACUCGUCGCCGUGCUGUUCGCUCACUAGUCCCGUGCCGUGACGCCCGCCGGACACCGACGACCGCCCCGUGCCGAGCGUCAACUGUCACGGACACAUCCUGCCGCGUCGGUUGUCGAGGCUGCUGCUGCUCUGGUCAGUUACGAGUUGAAGCAGCACGGCCGAGGACCAUAAGGACAUUGCCUCGGCUGACAAUAGCACUUUCUCCACGCUUGCUCGUAUCUCGUCAAGUUAUCAGCUCCCCACGUUGUUGCAGGUGCAAUAGACUGAGAUUAGGAUAUAUGUACAUAUAAAAAUACAUGGUGCUGUUCAAGGACUCAGUGCGGUUCUCUGUCGAAUCACCAACUCUAAAUGUCAUCAGUGUCACACACUGUCGAUAUACAAUAGUAUAUUAAUACACUGUGAUGCACCGUUUACUCUCUGCUAGCAAGCUUUCAGGUGACUGUCAUCUACAGAUUAGGCCACCCUGCUGGGGCAGCUAUUCCACAACUGUCAGACAGAUAUAUUGUGUUUUGUGCACCAGCAGUUACGCUACUCACUCGUACUGUGUCAGUUCUCCACCUUGCAACCCGAGUCUCCUCCACCGUAAAUUCCUCAACAAGUGGACGUCGACAGACUAGUUUAAGGGUCUGACAUCUACACCUACACAAUGAAUGGGCUACUGCGCCCUGUGCUGGUUCUGGAUAACUGACUUGCCAUUACACGGAGCUUCACUUGUUGGUGGCCAGCCACGCAGAUGAUUAAUCGGCGCCUUACUGGAUGAAGCAUUUCCAUGAACACCGACAAUAAAUUAUUUCAUCUUCGGUAGUUGCCGUCCCCGGAAGCUGCAGUGGUCCUCGAGCUGAGAGGCAGAAUGAAAGCGCUAGUGAAGUUGUGAGAGGCAUUUGCUGCCGGCCAGCAUGCCGUACUGUCGCAGAACUGGAGAGUUGCAGUGCACAGCGGGCCUAUAAUAAAAACUGGAGAGGCUGACAGCGUACUGUGAACUCUUGUGUAUUGAUUUUCAGCUUUUGUAAAGUUGAGUGGUUGCUGCUGUACACCGCCUUCUGGACACAUCUCUGCCCAACAGCUCUUGCUCAAGAAUUUUACUACUGCUGCAAUUAUCUGCUACGCGUGUAUUUUGUUCUUGGGCACUUGUACUUUUCACCUCACAAGGUUCAUGCUGCAGUAUGGUAAAUAGUAUGACUGACUGCUAGUUCCAUUCAAAUGAGGGCGGAAUACGUAAAUCACUUCGGAUACUAAGCCGAUAAUGUUCUUCAGUGCCACCUGUGGAUCACCAGAGAUGUCGACUGUUCGAGGUCCGUUCAUCAGCAACACUGCAACGAAAGUAGUUCGCGGUAGUUGUUCGCUGUACUUUGUUCCGUGGUGGGACACGACACUCAUAAGUUAGGCUGCUGACGGCGCAAGCAGGGCCCGUCGCGCCGGCUCACAAAUUACACGUGUGGAGCUUCCCACUUGGAAAUGUAACCAUAUUGCCUUUUAAUCAAAAUUAAAAUUAUUGUGUAAAUUUUACCUCGUGAGUACGUUUGCAUUUAUUUAACUCCUAGUGUGUCAUUUCUGUUCUCAACCACAUCUUCUACCUUCCAAUUUGAUCAGUUCCUUUCUCUGCGUACAGUACAGCCAGGCUUAACGAAAAAUGAAUCAGGUUUUACGUACAUAUAAAAUCCCUCCUUCCACUUAUUUAUGAAAAAUAUGGGUUCUUCUUACAUUUUAUACCGACUUUUCCACGACACCAGACGACACACGCGGUGUUCGUAGUCUGUCCUUUUCAGUGAAGGCAGCGUGUUUGUUAGCAUUCUUUAACUUGCCCAUCUCUCCAUAUUCAACGAAUUGUUUUCGACUUUCAAUCCAGACUUCAGGAACGUUCCGAUAGCCGUUGAAAUUGUACCGCAAUCAGUGUUAUUUGUCGCCAGCGAGUGGCUCCUUUGGUAUACGAAAGGCGUUUACCUGCGCAGCUACUGAAAUUCGUGUUCUGUCUGACAGCUGGAGCAACCUCUUACACCUUCCUCGGAGUAGCACCUUAAUCUAGAUGUUAGUACAACCACUGGUUCUGUCCCAACAAACGGGCUUUGUGCAAUUGAUCCACUUGCAAGCUUAUGCAGUGAAACACUGAGUUCGUACUUGGAUUCAGUUGUCCUUACACGUGCUCCAGUUGCCUUAUUUAUAAACAAGCCCUGGAAGGUCAACAGAACUCAUGCGGCGUGCCUACAUUGUAGAGGGUCUGUCAUUGUUUGGUACGUAGAGUCACAGUUGGUGUCCAACCCAGCAGAUUUAACAUUUGGGUUGGAUGCUACUGCGUGUUGAUCGGGUUGGUCGUCCACUUCUCCUUCGUCAGGAUGUCCAUCAACAUUGUCAUCUGGUGGUUCUUGCACAUCAAUUGCGACACAUUCAACUGGUCUCAGUUGCUGUGCGAGAUCCCACAUGUUGCCCACGUCUGGUCUGAUUGUAUAAUGUAAGUCUGGAACUGGUAAUCAUUCAUAGAAUCUGUGCGUUGCUUGUGAUACCAUUACCAAGAAACCUGUCGUUGCUGCUAAUUCAUCAGCAGACGGGAGACGCAUCGGACGGAACUUGUGACGUGUCCCGUCUGGGUCUUGCAAGUUUCCGAUGCCUCUCAGAUACUCAUAGACAACUGAGUGGAGCGGGUAUUCUCUGCUACUGAUUUAACACACCAAGUUCCUCUCUUCUUCUUGCGAACGCCCAUCGUGCUCGCGGAUCGCGGCAAUCCGACACCCCAGAGGUGUUUCAUGUUGUAGUAUAAGUACACUCCUUCAGAGAUGAACUCCUUACCCGUGGCAACUGUCGCACAUCACGGUGAACUCCUUCUCCCCAGCUUCUUCUAGAAAUCCCUCAUCUCUUUCGAUGACGAAAGCUUCUUGCCAUAAUGGGUCGUUAGUUAAUGGUGAAGCUGUCUUUGAGAGGUGUUGGGGUUCUGGUACGCCGGGCGGCACCUGAGCUGCCGUCCCUCCAAUCCUUGGUGUAGGUCUCGGUGGGUUCUGUCUCGCCGGCCUCGGCUGCUGGAGGUUCUUCUCGUGGGGGCUUCCUCAUGUCUACCUCCUUGCACGCUUCCGCGCCCUCUACGUUCGCCUCGUCCUCCCUGACGGGGCGCACUUUGGCUGCUCCAUCCUCCUUGAUUCUCCCUGGCUCUCCGGUCUAGCUCCCUGCACUCAUUGCCGCACCCGCGUAGCGAUAUGUCCUCUGUGAGCGCAAACACUGUCAAGGGCUCUCUGAGAAAUGUUCUGAUCACUUGCUCUUUGUCAAAAUGUUUAGAAAACUUGUAACAGAAUUAAAGUAUUGCGUCAGUAUUUGUUAUUCUAACAAAUAGUAAAGGAUUUUGUAUUGGUGCUGAGGCGUACUCAGAACAUAUUAAAUAAGUUGUGGAAUGUUUCUAAGCACAUAACAGCCCUCCCUCGUUCUUGCUUUCACAUGGAGUUACUUACAGAAGUUGUGCGAAUCUAAAGUGGAAAGUGUCAGUAAGGAAAAUGAUUCCGGGACGUGCAAAAAACUGAUUGUUAAAGAGUUAUCACUUCUGAACCUGCACCUUACCUUAGAUAGCAUCACUGGACUUACGAAUUUAGAUGAAACGAUUGAAACUUAUUAUACUGCUGGGAAAUCAUUAAGCUCUUUUUUCUGUUCUUUUCAUGGUUUCAUUUAAACAGUUCUUUAUCCCUAUUGUAGAAUAAUAUUUUUUAGCUUAUACAACUGAUAGCUAACUUCCUCAUUUGUGACUUCAGAAAUGCAGUCACAUAAUUCACAUUGCGUUAAUUUUUGUUCUUUGUGGAGUAAAUACGUUGAGUUGGAGUAAAAAGAAAUAUUAUAAUUCCCUUGCUCUCUUUGGCAACUGAAAAUGAACUGCCGUAGUUCUGACUGAUCUCUUUUGUAGUCAGAAAAGAACCUCUUUCCAUGAAUGCUUCUUAUCCCUUACAAAGUGCUUGAGACACUUUUACACCAUUUCUCAUCCUAAUUUUUCUGAAGGUAUUCAUCAUUCACUAGUCAUCUAAUACUUUGUUACACAUUCAGCAGUGCUUAUCACUGGAUCGGUACUGAAGGUAUUGAAUGUUGUCUGCAGGUCAUUUUAGCGAACAGUCCCAAAAUCCAUUUGACAUGAUUUAGUAAUUGCUGUUUUUUCUACUUUUCAGAUAAGUUGUCUGGAAAGGAGUGAUAUUGAAAUUAUUUUCAGCUUAGAAAAAUAUUUGUACCCUUAGUGACAGCAACGAAUACCAUUUUCGUUCUAAGACAACAAUUGUACUUAAUUCGACCUAAUUUAAGUCCAACAGUGACGUUCAGAUUGGUUUGCAGUGAAACUGUUGGAGUUUUCAUGAAGCCAAAUGAGGAAAAACAGAAAAAGAACCAGCAAAUAAUUGGACAAAUUCUUGAUUAGGCAACUGCCCAAUAGCAAUGGCACCCCAUAUGAAAGAAAAAAUUAAUUCUCAGCUAUCUUUAAUAAUCAUAGCCUCGAUAUCCGGAUUCGUAUUCGACAGCAGUGGAUUCCUAUUCCUAUCUGACCAUUCGGAAUUAAAUUGUCUGUGGCUUCCUUGAAAGUUGAGUGAAUGUUCGGAUGGUUUCAUCAUCAAAGCUGCAACAAACUCCAAAUCAUAUAAUAUCCCUGACUAGUGAUCGAAACAUGUACAGCAUGCCAGGCCUGGAAUUUCCUACCUUCAAUGACUUGGGGCAUUAAAGUCGGUAACUUUUUUCACUGCAGAGGCGGAAUGGAUUCAGUCGGUCUACAUGGUCAUGCCACUGCGUCCUGGAAUGUGGCACAACGCUAUUUGGCUAACGACUAGAAGUCUUUUGGGUUGUGUUAAUUAUUCAUUUAAUUGUCGAUAUGUUUCGAAAUUCAUAACUUCAGUUUUCCGCUGUUUUGUCAUGUAAGAUGUUUUAGACGUUUCGCAUUGGAAUGAUUACUCUCUUAUAACUACAAAUUGAAGCUCUUGGUGCUGCAGCGGAAGUAGUAUCAAAUGGUAAUUUAAUUCUUUAAUUUUGUGUAAUUUUCUUGUGUAAAAGAGCCUGCAGUGUAUCUAAAUCCUGAAACGCAUCGCGAAAUAAAAUAGUAAAAAACUACUUUAUAUUAAUUAAAAAGCGUAUAACAGAAUUACUUUAUGCAUUGGUAGGUCCGUAGGUGUUUUAACUGGACAAUGAGGGGACGUAAGCCUCUGCGAGAAAAUACAGGGGAAAAUGAAUUCCGUUAUGCUUCGCGCCAUUUAGCCACGCAGUUACGUAGGUGGAAUUCUGCGGCCAAGUUUUCUCCCUACUAGUCACGGACGAACCGUGCGUGGCGUCCGAGUACUCGGUUAAACAUCGUUAUCCCCGGUACGAGAGCUGCUGCCACGCCGCCGCGCACCGGCUUUCGAAAGCCGCGAGCCUGGCUGGCUGGCUGUUGGCUCCGCCGUGGAUGGCGUCGGCGCGUCACGCCGCUACUGCGCAUGCGCUAGCUGCUCCACAGGGUUGCCGCGCCCGAGUUCUUUCGUGGCCGCGUCGGCCGAUUUCGAUCGCAGCUUUAUAGCGCCACGAAACCUCGUGCAGGCUCGCUCGCACGAUCCUUUCCCAUACAAACACAACGCACAGGGUCCCAUUUGGUCGGGAGUCCGAAAAUACCCCAAAAAAAGUUUUGUAUCUUAAUUGCACUGUAGUAUUUACGCUUUGCUAUAGUCAUUUGUUUCUCGCAGAUUCUUGAGCAGCAACAUUGAAGUACCAAAAAAAAAAAAAAAAAAAGCAAGCGCGUAGUAUCCAUCUGGUAUUUAAUGCUUCCCAACUUCCUUUAUGUAAAAAUAUUCGAGUAACUAUCCGUUUUUAAAAUGAAGCUAUGUUGCCAGUCAUUAAAAUCAUAUUGUUAUGACAUGUUUCGCAGACGUAGUUGAGCCUUCUAGUAACAACGUUGGAUUUUAGUUCGUCAAUACUUUACAUUUGUCAGUUUUCCAUUUAUCAUUGAAAGCUACGUUGCGUUCCCGAGAGCUCCGCUGAUGAACUAAAUUACAAGAUUGCCACUUGAAAAAGAAAAGAAAAGAAAGAGCCAAUCUUGCGAAUUACGUCGUUAACAACAAUAUAUUUUUCGUGACUGGCCACUGACUCGUUAUUUUAACAUUUAAACGCACAGUCAUGGACAAUAUCAUCAGAAUCUGUAUUUCUUAACACACAACAUUGAAUAGAGUACUAAAAGAGAGCUACUGAAAAUGUGUAUUAAAUUUGACAAUGAGGCGCUUCGCAAAGACAACUGUGAAACCUGUUGUUACAGUAGAACACGAAAUCUGCCCCAUCAGGACAGCUUCAACCACACCACGGAUCACGGGAAUUUUACCCUGCUAUGGAGAUAAAACGGGCAGAGAGACUGUGGCAUACUUCGUGGCUAAUUUGUGAAACGUUUCACAGCGAACAUUUCGACUUGCUGCCCGUUGCACUAAAAACGACAGUUGGCUGUAUUUGUCAGUGAUUUGAAAAGCUACGCCAGUUUGUUGGGACAGAACACAGCGGAAAAGUUUUCGAUGCACAAGUAUUGGUAUUUAAAGGGUAUGGUAUUUAAAGGGUAUUAAAGAUUGCGACAAAUUUUGAGGUUCAAGUUAAUGAACAUCAGAUUCCUUAGACAAUGGCUGUACUAAUUUGCGGCUCUAGGUGUAACAGUUUUCUGAUUUUGACUAACAAAGUCAAGCGUAUGUUAGACAGUGACGAAGAAUAACUGAUAAAAAUACGUGUCCUACGCGAAUGGUAGGCGUCAGAGAAAUAGCCGAACUGUUUGCACCUCAGGCUAAACAUGGGGGGACCUGUUGUUUUAAGCAAAGUGGUAUGCAACAUUUCAGUCAAUUUAAACAAUUCAGUGGGUCAUGGGGUUUUUUAUUCCUUUCUGUAAAUAUAGCGUAAAUGAUGCGUUGUGAUUUAGUUCCGGAAUGAAGUGCGGUAUGUCAGUUUUAAUAAAGGAUGGAGAAGAAAAUCGUACGGUAAUUUUUUGUCUGUGAAGAGUAGGGGUGGCGAAGAGAUUUUUAAAAUUCCUAAAUUCAGGCCUGUCACGAAUCCUCCAGCCCAUUCUGGAACACGUCACUAGCCUUUGCCCAUUUCCACCUGUUGCAUUCGUGUCCAUGCGUCUUGCCCGCAUUUCUACCUUAACCUCUCAAAUUCCAUAAUCUUUCCGCCGUUCGCAACAUCUUUGACCGGAGCAAUUGCGAUGUUGUUUCUACAGACAAUGCUGCACCGUGCUUUGCAGGUGGCAUUACAGUGCCUCCUUCCACAGUUGGCGAUUUUUUACUAAAAUUAUUAACUUGCUCAAUCACUCAGUUCCUUUCGCAUUGUGUUAUAAUUGCUUCUAUAGGGAACAGAAAAAUCUGACCAUAGUUCUUCAUCAUGAAGUACAAAAGCAUAUUCACAUAGCCAUGUUUCCAGCCAAUAGGAAGCCGUAAUAAGCUCAAGGUUUGUUAAACAUCGAUAUUAAAUACUUCCUCACUUACUUCAGCACGAAAAACUACAAUGUGUCCGUUUAGAACUGUCGGAAAUAGGCCUUAGGAGAUAGAACGACGGGCAAAUGGACAAGGGAGGCAAAAAGAUCCGCGAUCGAUGCUCACUCAACAACUGACUACGCAGGUUCGAUCACUGAAACUAUUUACUAUGUACGUUUAGUCAUCAUUUGUUUCCCUGUCCAUUAAAGAAACAUCAAGUGUAGCAAGGGCGUCCACGGAUUUGCCGGGGAGGGGGGUCUUAUUUUGGGUAUUUUCGGAGAGAAAUUGCGACUUUUAAGUAACCAUGAAAAGUUCCAAUUCCGACCCUGUUGAAAACCUAUGUAAUACUGACUAUUAAGUCAUUUUGUCGAAAGAAAAACACCUGAAUUCAGUUUUUUUUUCCUUUCCCUGAGAGGUUGGGAGGAGGUACUCCUAUUAGAGAACUUGUGCUGCAGAUAAGAGUAUGCACUAGGACGAGAACAAAACUUACAAAGUCCAUAUGUGUGGUAGGAAGUGCCUGAGAAAGUGCAUUGAAGCCUCCAGCGCUCAGCUUUUGUCUGGCACUUUCAAGAGUUGGAGGGCCUUAAUGCCAGAUUGAAACUGAAUCCGAAACAAUCAGGCGUGCCCUGUAGUUUGUUUGUAGAUCACCAUUUCACUCCUUACGUUGUGUCACGGAGAUUGCCAUCUGCACAGACUAUACCGGGAAAUUCACCCGAGUAUCAGUUUGUAUGGGGAGUCAUACAUCAGUCUGCACCACCAUUGUUAUAAUAUUUAACAAAACUUCAAGCAAUAUGUAUAUAAUUAAAUUUAAAGAAAGACACUUUUUGCACUUGGAGCAGACAUAUAUGCGUAUAACUGACAGAUGGUAACAGCUGAGAUCGGCGAUUUGGUCAUGAUUUACGUCAUCGACAUGAGUACUGUACUGCUGAUCAGCGGGAAUAACGAUCAGCGUAAUUUGUUAGUGGAAAUAUUGCCCAGGAGUAGACUGCAAACAUGAAGCUUUGAUGUAGGAGUGUGCGAUAGACUGUGAAAUCCUCCUGUUAGCAGAUUUUUAAAUUACGUAGGUAGAGAUUGUUGUAAUAGAGGUAGUGAUGAAUGAAUAGGACAAGUUGAUUAUUCCCUUUUUGGCGUGAAAGAUUAACGCUUUUAAAAUAGGUCUUACUGUACAAAAGGGCGCUGUAAUGAAAGUGAUGCGGUAUAAAGCUAAGAAUGGCGCCAGUCGAGAAAGAAAUGAAAGUACUGUUAGUGAUUUAUAGGAGUUCACAAGAGGCUGCGAAAUAAAAAAACGAUUGAUGAAAUCGAAGGACGGACGAUCUUUGUCAUUAUACUUGAGUAGAAUUUAUCGUGGUGUUCACCAUCACACGAAAAGUAACGGUGUGUAGUAGAAAAGACUGCGAAGAAGGGAUGUGUGAGUUUGUAGAGUAAGUGCCGCUAUUUAAGGGCGUAUAUAACUAUGCUGAAAUCAAUACGCUAUAGUGAAUGUUUGGUGACAAGAAGUGGAAAUUUCUUUUAAAAUUUAUUUCAAAAUUCAUUCUGAUGUGCAAGAUAAAUGGAGGACUUUUUUUGUAGCGAGACAUGACGAUCGGUCCCGGUAAUUUAACUGCGCCUCAUGGCUAAUUUCGUUUUAGUGACAAAUAUUUUUUCCGGUGUUCACUGGUGAGAGUGAUUCCGCACCCUGUUUCGUUCUGGUGUAUUGUAGAUAGUCUCCCACGGUGAGGUAGAUACUUCGUGCGACCAGAGCAUCUGCGACGCAAAUGCUGGCCUCAGAUUCUCGAGAACAUACCGACGCAACCUUGGACAAUGCGGUGUCUUACGUAAACGUGGAAUUGCUAAUGCGGUACUAGGCGGUUCUCAAUCGGUAGCAAGUGGUUCUGCAAUAUCGCGGCCUCCUGAAACGACGGAUUGUUGUCGGGGCCCGUCCGGGCUGCUUGGUUUGCGGCGAACGACAGCCUCGACUGAUGGCCGCGUGUUCUCCUCGCGUAAUGUAUGCGAGUGCGCGGCAGCGCCUGGGUAAUUUCAAAUGCUGAUGCAGUCGGCUGUACAAGCAACUCACGCAUGAGAAACCGCCUUGUCCGUCGCAGACUUGUUGGCUAGUGCGUGCACGCGGGAUGCUCCUCCAGACAUCGGCCAAACUUCCUGCGCAGGGCGCGCGCUCGGUUCCUGGUGAGGAAUGGCUUCCAGCGGAGACACACGCCAGUCGCCGUCUAUUUCCUGUCAGCUGCGUAGCCGAAGCUGCCCCGAUAGGUGCUAUCAGCGAGCUUCCGAUAAGACGUCCAAUUACUCCUCUGUUCGAUCGCGUCGUGCAUGCAGGAGCGGUAGAAUCCAGUGAUAACGCAAAGACGCGAGACUGCUGCUUAUCCGACUCACAGAACGAUAUAGCAAAGUAGUUGAACGCCGGAGUGAACUUUCAGAGAAGCUGAGACCAAAUAAUGGUCAAGCCCGUGACCGAAGCCUUUGCUCUGCUGAGCUGAAGACCUCUUUCCGCGAUCUCGGUCAGUGACGUUUAUUCGCCGAGCGCAUUGCACGAUUUGUAAUUAACUCGGACCCGUGGUACCGUUUCUCCGAGAUAGAGCCGACAUGAAUGUCCUGGGUGUUUUGGUGACGUGACUCGUCACCAUCCUCAUGUGCGAGGACAUCUCAGUAGCACCUGGCGAGCGCUAAAGCGUUACCUCAUCGAAAUGUUUUGCCAGCAAGACACUCGCUGUCCAUUGCAUGCCCAGCAACUUGUCUCGCAGCUACAAUGCCACAACUUUAUGUAAAAGUAGAAUCUGAACGAUUUUUCAGUUUUCGUAGUCAGUGCUACUUUAUUCGCCCUUCGGAACUGUUUAACGCUGUUACGCAGUCACUUCCCUACUGAAACUGGAAACCUACCGUAAAGAGGAGGAUGCAGCAGAAAUAAAACCUUUGUAAUUUCUACUAAACAUUCAUUUACUUUCUAUGUGAAAUUUGACUUCUGCUCCCUUCUGCUGGCUGCGUACAAGAUACGAAUGUUUUCAGACUGUUGAAUUCGCGAAUAUCCGUCACAAGUGAGACAUUUGAAAAGAUUAGCAACACUGAUUGGCAUACAUACAUUUCGAAGUCAGAGCUCACCCAACGAGAAAUUCGAACACAGGUUAUGCACAGACGCAGAGCCGUAGUCUAAUUCUCACCGAGCGAGAUGGCGCAGUGGUUAGACACUGGACUCGCAUUCGGGAGGACGACGGUUCAAUCCCGCGUCCGGCCAUCCUGAUUUAGGUUUUCCGUGAUUUCCCUAAAUCGCUCCGGGCGAAUGCCGGGAUGGUUCCUUUCAAAGGGCACGGCCGACUUCCUUCCCCGUCCUUCCCUAAUCCCAUGAGACCGACAACCUCGCUGUCUGGUCUCCUUCCCCAAACAACCCAACCCUCUACAACAAUCUGCUUUAUAUAUUCUAUUGGAGAUUUACCAUUCCGGACUGUGUGGGCUAAAAAAUAGAGCCCAGUGCUCUCGCAAAUUUCGUCCCAUAGAGAUUUUGCAACCGUGCUGUCUUUUAAUUUCGUGGUGACUUGUCGAAUCCUCGACUUACGUCCUUCGCUGGCUAUAUUUCGUACACGAGGUCUUGAUAUUUGUCAUUUUGGUUGCUAGUUGAUGUACCCACUGAUGCAAGAAUUCUAAUGUUGUCGCGGCUGGAAGACGACGUCGGCCUUGAGCAGAGUGCUCGCCCUGGACAGCUGCCGGCAUCCGGCCGCCCUCGUAACAGGAAACGCAGGGAGGGAAACCAGGAAUAGAAUAGCCGCGGGCGUCUCUUAUCGCGAGUCGAGGCGGCUGGCGAUGCAAAGGUGUGGACUUUCUCUGCUGGCACGCAGCGGACGCUUCAAAAUAAGCGUGACGUCACAGCCGGCUGGCAGCCUACUGCUGGGGGGGGGGGGGGGGGGGGGUUGUCGCUAUGAGCAGCGAAGCGUGGGCGACGGGUCGGUCGUGCUACUCUAAAGCCGUUGCUGCCACCUGCGGUGCCCCCAGUACACUUCGUACCCUUCUCGUUUCUGUGUUCCCCUCACACUGUUCCUCUCUGUAGGCUCUUCAUUGCAGUUCCCUUCCAAGUCACAUACUUUCGCAGAAACAUCUGAAGACAUGCGCGGAAAAACGGUCUAACCCUUAAACUUGGAAAUAAGCGUCGCAAUCUACGAGGGUUGGAACUUUAAAAGUGGCAACUAUUUAUUUACAGCUCGUACAAAAUAAUUACGUUUUUAAAAGUUUUGUGGCCGAGCUCUUCUAGACGCCUCAGUCCAGAACCGCGCUGCUGCUAUGGUCGCAGGUUCGAAUCCUGUCUCGGGCAUGGAUGUGUGUGAUGACCUUAGAUAGUUCUAAGUCUAGGGGACUGAUGACCUCAGAUGUUAAGUGCCAUAGUGCUCAGAGUUAUUUGAACCAUUUUCUUCAAAAUUUUACUGACCUUCAGGGUAGUCACCAGCAUUGUGUAUAACCCAUUGUCGGCGAUGUUGGAAGUCGUAGGAUACUCUUAGCAGUGCCAAUUGUGUCGAAAGUUCGAGUGGCGUGGUCUAUUGCCCGACGAAUUUGUACCAGUUCUGAAGCGAAUGCCGUGAAGUGUUUCCUUUAGUUUAGAAAUCGAGUUGAAAUUAAGAGGGCUUUAGUCAGGGGAGUGCAGUAGGUGAUAAAGCACUUAGCAGCCCCAUGAGUCAAAUACAUCAGUAACAGCUUGCACUGUACGUGCUUGAGCAUUGUCCCACAAAAUGAUGGUCAGGUGCUGCAGAAAGUGUCAUCAGCUCUGUUUCUAUGCUGUUCAUUUUUUGGACACAACCUGCAAUCAGCUGAGAGACAGAAGUGAUGACACUUUUUGCAGGACCUCACCCUCAUUUUGCAGGACAAUGCGCAAGCUGACCGAUUGAGCUGCUAAGUGCUGUACCACACUCUCCUCACUUGAGCACUCGUGAGUUCAACUCGAUUUCUAAACUGAAGGAAACACUUCACCGCUUUCGCUUCAGAAUUGCUACAAAUUCGCCAGGCAGGAGACCGCACUGUUCGAACAGUCAACACAACUGGCACUGCUAAGAGUACUCUAUGACUUCCACAUUUUGUGAUGUAUAAAAAGUUUGUAUGCUAGAAGCCAAUAAAAAGGAAAAAACACUUCCACAUCGCUGGCAACGGUUUAUACACAAUGCCUGUGGUAUUUUUUUUUUCUUUAUUGUAAUUUGACUCCCCAAAAUGGUGCAGGCUGGCAGCGGCACAAUACGCCGCUCUUCAGCCAUGCUGGUGGGACUUUGAAGGUCACUAAAACUUUGAAACACGUAUCUAUUUUGUACGAGCUGUAACUAAACAGUUGCCACUACUAAAAUGCUAACCCUCGAUUUCUGGGUACGGUAACUAUCAAAAUACAAGAGAUAAGCGUUGCCAUCUGCUGCUGGGUAUGUGAACUACCACAACUGACAUUGUUCUCACCCCUAAAUACCACGUACGGGUGAGACCAGUGUCACUUUUGAUAGUUCCCGUACCCACCAACAGAUGGGCACACAUAUCUCUAAUCUUUUACAUUUGCGGGUUAGCCCGCAUUCCCGCGUAUGUCUUCAUUUGUUCACUACUCCCUACUGGUGAUUCGUACGUAUUUUACGAUAUUCACAGGAGAAAUAACACCACUGUUGUACUACAUUUAUUCCCGAACUGACAGCACAUUGUCAUCAGUUGUAACCUUUAAUUCUUACAGGUCAGCAUUGUGUAAAUGCCGGAAUAGGCCAUAUGGAAUAGCCGAUGAAAGCAUUGCGUCAGAACGCAUGAUUUCGAUUUAAUUUGGACUGGAAAUGUAAGUUGGAUUCUGUUCAUUAAUAAACAAGUCGAGAAAGUUAAAAAUUCCUAUCCCUUGUAAGAUUAGCCAAAUAUCUCCCCUACAGUCAAUUUCCAGUACUAUGUUUCUGUUCUUGUGACAGUCAGCUGACACGCUUGAUGUCAUUUUACAUUCUAUUCACAUUUAUUACUUUUUGCUGAAUUAUUGUAUCAAUACUACUAAAUUUGCCGGACUGUUUUACAACUUCUGUUCAGAUUUUUUUUCUCCCAGUAAAAUCCGUGGAAGCAUGACCAAACUCAAAGAAUCUCCUAUUACAGUCCCAUUUCCUCCGGUGCCCACGUACUGCCCUUGUAUAUUGUUAAGAAUGAGUAUUGUUGCUCAUUAGUUAGCACUCCCUAGCUUCUUCAAAUACAACUGGUCAAAACGGAAUGAGGUAUUUGCGCCAUGGCACGUGCUAGUCGCACUCGGUCAACCCUAGCCCACCUUCGUCGUCUUGGUAGCAGCCUGUGAGGCUGACAUGAGAACCCCUGUAAAGAAGCAGGCAACCAGUGACUGAGAGAAGCCGUGGAAGCCCUGUAGUAGCUCUGCACGUGAGCCAGGCUAAGGAAGCUCCACGUUCACUGCAGAGGGCUGAAGGUCAGUUCGGUGUAGCUAUGUGAGAUAUGGGGGGUGAGUUACGUGUUAGUUUCUCUGCGAUUCUCUCUCUCACUGCAGGUAUCUGCUCAUCAUGCUUCUGAAAUUAGGUAGUUAUUUCUCUAUUAAGUUUGCUGCUAAGACAAGCAGUGUAUGUAUGCGCUCUUGUUGACCUCUGUAUAAUGCAAAUAUUUUACAUAAAACCGGAACAGUGCCACAAGCAUUACCUGAAAAGACUCCAUCUGUUUCAUCAGUGUUUUUUAUUUUCUUCUGAUAGUUGUUCAGUACUCAUGUCUCUUUUAUCUGCUUUAGAUUCUUGCUUGUUCUUGUUCUGCUUCUUGUUCUUCUUGUUGCUACUCACCAGAAUUUAAACAGUCGGAUAGAGUGUUCAGCAGCAGUUGAAAACAAUCUUCAGAGAUUCAUUCAUCAGUUAGAUCAUUUGUAUCUCUGAAGAAUUUGUUUUUGUGAGGCCCUUGCAGUCUCUCACCAAAACAACCUUUCAGGCACAAACGACAAAAUAGUAAUGAAGCCAUAUUCAUAACAGUACUUAAAUAAUUCUGGAGAUUGAAAGAUUUAAUUUCACUUGCUUUAAAUGCGUAGUGUUCCUGAAUUGGUUGACUGCAAACAAAUUUCCAUCUUCUAUUCGGUUUAUCAUGAAAGUGGUUAUUUUCCAUAUCAGAUUAUACUACUGGCGUCGUCUAUUCACAUUCUGUAUACCAAUAACAGUUGUCACAAAUAACCCAAAAAGUAAAGGUUGGCGUAUGUCAUCAAUGUGUUUGAGACAAAAUGUAUGUUUAAGAUUAGUUCUAAUUAAAUUAUGUCAACAUGUUAUGAUAACAAUACCCCAAUCACGCUUAGAAAGUAUACGCAUGUUAUCUUGGCCAGAAGAAACUUUCUGAUUUACUACCGCAUAUCAUUAAACGCAUGAAGUAAUCAAAGUCUACAUUUAGUAUUUGAUCAGUUAAACUACGUAACAAAUUCAGUAAAUCUUGGAGCAUAAUAUCAAGUGGAAUUAAAGAAGCUUUACGAUAUAGAAGCCCUUAUUGCAAGCAGAUAGGUGUAAAAAUGUGUUCAGCUCAUGUAAAUCAAAAGUUGUAAUAAUUAUUGGUUCUUUAAUACGCGAUAAGAUCUCAUCAAACUGAUCUGGUGGAAUAAGUCCUUCUUCACACGGAUUCUCUUCAUCGGAAGUGUUUUGAGUUUCCCUUGCUAGUUUUUGACCCUUGUUUGUGCAUUCUGUAAUUGGCCAAUUUUUCGAGACAAAUCAUUUGAUUUUUCGGCUUGACAAGCUUAAUGAUCAUCACAUCCAGUGUUUUUUUAAAGUAAACUGUCGUUGGACAUAGCUUUACUACUCUGAUUCUACUGCGUUGACUCUACAUCUGAACUUCGUGCGUACCCACGCGUUUCUCUUUCACUGUCACAUCAGUGCUACGUUUCCGUACACCAAUUCCAUCUGCAACACUUCAUAAUGUUCAUUUUGUGAACCACGGAAAGCAAAGAAAUUUCAUCAAUAAUUCAUGUUCUACACAGCUACUUUUUGCCUUUAUAGACCCUCAUUUGAGCGCAUGGAACUGUUGCCAAUAUUUGUGUCUACACUGUUUUCUUCGCCAGUUUGUCAUCUAUCUUGUAUCGGUACACACUUUAUUCUCGCUAUUAUUUCUUACACGUUUUCUUUCCCAGUUUCAAUAUAUACUGUUAUGCAUUUCUCAGAUGGUGAUGACCACACUCAACGUUGCUUAAACUCGAUCGUGUUAUCUAUACAUGUUAAUAUUCAAAUACUUGCACUAACACAUAACAAAAGUAUAUUCAGUUGUAGAUGACAAACUGGUAACGAAAACAGGGCUAUGCCAACCGUUAACGGUUUGGUCACUCAUUCAUUCGUAAAGCACAUUGAUGGUAAGACCAAUUUUAUUUCUCGUACGGAUAGUGUGUGCAAAAAAACAAACGUUUUGUAGAACAUCUACAGGAGCAUUAUAGAGAUUGUAUCUGUCGCGACUUCUUUUCAUGUUGCAAUCGUGUCGUAAAAGCAAAGAUAAGCGAAGUAGUGGUUUUGCUUCGAAUGUUCUUGCGAAGGACCAUACCAACACAAUAUUUUCUGAGAGACAAUUUAAUAGCAAACAGUACCUGUGGAGAAGAGGCAUGACAUUUUAGAACCGCCCAGAGCACUCUAAGUCAAUACCAGAUUAUGUUCACAUCUAUAAAAUUGUUUUUGGUAACAUUUUGACAUGACAGUCAACUGAUUUCCGUUUUCAAGCAACUGAUAGUGGGUUCAUGCAGUCUAACUAACUCCAUGUGAAUGGCAUUUGCUCCUACCUCAGUAUAUCCCUUUCCUGAUAAAUCUGCCACAACAUCCCGCUUUCUAAAAAGGAAAUUAAUAAUUCGUUUGCCCCAGGUACUAAAUGGUAUGUUGCACUUCACAGCUGCCUGCAUUUCUUUAAGAUAUAGUUUAGUUGGUCACGUGGUAUCUGUCUGUCGUCGCUCUAAAGUUUUAAUCGAGCUUUUAUUCGUCUAAUACUGGUUUUUCCUCGUUUCAUCUUUAAUCCAUGCAGUCAUCCGAAAAACUGUGUCACAGCUACAUAAAAUUCUUUGGUGAAAAUAAGUACAUCUAGUAAUCUAUGAAGCUACUCAUUGCAAGACUUCCGGGCUUUGUCUCUAAUACAGAAUUAUUCCCAGAAGCGAGUUUUCUUAUGAGAUGCAGCGAGCAUUGACAUUCAGCCUCGUAGAGGACAUUUCUCUCUCUCUCUCUCUCUCUCUCUCUCUCUCUCUCUCUAGCUAUCCAACUCUUUGCAGAAAGCGACGUUCCGAAGCAGACCGCCUGCGGUGGGAAUCAAGAGCCCACGAGCGUAAAUAUUCACGCCAGUUGCCAAAUAAUAUCGGUAUACGAAAUUUAUCGCUUCGCGCGCGCCGCGCAGGCAACUGACAAUAUGUCAAGAGCGAAAUCCGGGCUUGUAAUUCUUCAUAUGCAACAAGUGGUCAUAAUCGACGCCGAACAAUACGUCCCCCUUUAAAGAGAAAAAAAAAAAGGUCCGCGCGCUUGUGUAGAUAGACGAUAACUGCAGAGAGAUAAAACAAAAAAAUAGCUGCCGAAAGAACUGGCUGUGUACUGUACUGCGUGUGCGCUUUUUGUGUGUAUGUGUGUGGAAAGUCCCCACCGGUUGUCUUUCUUUCCGUUUGACCGACAGCUCCACGGUGCCUAUCUGAGCCGGCGCCACACCUGUUUGUUCAGUUGAGUUUUCUCGUUUUUUCUGUUGUGUUUUGUUCUUUACUCUGAAGUGUUUGUUUCCGUUACUAUAUUCGGGCGUGCCUCAACGUGUUUUUUUUAUGUACACGCCAAUGUUUUUACAGUUUACUCGCUCGUUGUGUUACGUGUUGUUUGGAAAGGAAAGUGGUUGUAUUGUCCAUUCCUUUGCUGCCACAGACCCGAAAUGUGAGGUCAGUGUUUUUCUCCUGUUUGUUGAGAAAGGAAAGCGCAAGUCUUACAUCGAAUAGUGAAGUCUCUUGUGUACAGAGAAUAAUAGUAUAUUGUUGACUUGUUGGAAGUUACGUUUUCUUUUUCUUCACAAGUGCGUCUCAGUAACUCACCAAAGACCGAGACGCCCCGUGCGUGAAUAGAAACGUAUUUUGUUUCGCGAAGCCUAAUGCGGACGAGUCUGAAAGAAGAACUGAGACUGACUCGAGGCGACAAGUGGGUGCUGUUUGUGUACUGAUAGUAAGUAGAUCACUACUGUAUAAAGCAUCGCUCGUGUGUUGUCAAUUUUUUAUUUUCCUAAUUUCUAGAAGAAAUAAGAGAUCAACAAGCUACCAAAAGAUGUGCUUUUUGGUUGCAGGUUAGUUUGUUUUUCUCGUCUGUGAUUUCUCCAUCGAAAAUGAAACGCGACCAAAACAUAGAUUAAUUUUAUAUCAGUUACCUUAUUUAAGGAGCCUUGUACAGUUUUAGCAUAAUAAAGUUACUUGUAAAAAUUGAAAAUAUUACGUACAAUAUUCAUCACUGCAAAAGUAUACAGCUCCAUCGUUUGUAUGUACUCAUUAGAAUACUGGUAAGAACUAAAGUGUAUAUUGAAAUGCAACCAUUAAAUCAAACUGAUCUAUAAUUUCCUUGAUAUUUACAUGUUCAUAUUAUAUUUUUGUCGCAUAGCAUUCCGAUAAAGCCAAAAGACGUGUACCUAUACUUAAGUUCGUUACAAUACAUGAUUUAUAAAAUCAAA